GGUUUGCUGUGUGUCAGUAGAAUUGAACACGCAAUUCUGUCCUCUCUCUCUCUCUCUCUCUCUCUCUCUCUCUCCUCAGGUUCAGCUAAAGCAGAUAUAAUGGGAAAAAUACAAUUCAUCUCCUUGUCACUGAUAAGUUUAUACUUUCACAGUGCCACUACAUCUCCUGAACCAAAAGGAUGCCUUGACCCGAGUGUAGUGAAUGCAGCAGAGGUGGCACUGGACCAAGUUAAUGCAGCCAGAAAGGAAGGUUACAUCUUCUCUCUGAACAGAGUGUAUGAUGUCCUGCAAGAUGCAAAGGAGGAAGAGGAGAGCCUUUUACGACUGACAAUAGAUGUACUGGAGACAAAAUGUCAUGUGAUCAGCAAAAGAAAAUGGAAGUCAUGUGAAAUCAAGGCUAUCAGAGAUGUUCCAGUCUUCGGAAAGUGUGAUGUAUCUGUCUUCAUUCAGACCAACAUUACUUUACAUAACUUUAGUUGCACCAUCCAGCAAGUUCCUGCUGCUGCCAUCAUUGACACGUGUCCAGAUUGUCCAACAACGGAGAGCCUGGACGAUCCAAUCGUAGUUGAGACAGCCAAUCUUUCUCUUGAAAAAUUUAACCAAGAGACAAACAUGUCUAAUUACUUUGUUCUUCUAAAUAUAACUGGGGCAAGCAUGCAGUGGGUUGUUGGCCCAUCCUAUUUUGUUGAGUUCAUCAUACAGGAAACAGACUGUGCCAAAAGAGUCACUGAUGUAGACUGGACUCAGUGCCAGCCAAAGAAUGGGACACAUAUGAAGGGCUUCUGUACUGGAUCACAUAUUACUUUUGAUGAUGACCCUGAAGUGAUGCUCUCCAAAGAGGCCAGCUGGAUCAGUGGAACACACACUACUAUUGAAGAAGCUAAGAAAAAACUUUCUACCAGUGUCAGCUGUUCACUUUAUCAAGAAAUGCUCGAUAAUGAACCAGAGAACAGCAACAGGACAAUCAAAAACCCUUCAACCAUCCAAACUCCAUCUGGGUCUGUGCUGAUUCUGCCUCCUACACCCAUCCCAGUGUCCCCCAGAAUACCAGCAGCUGCUCCUAACUGCCCUGGAGAAAGGAGGCAUAACCUUGGACUAGAGUCAGUGAAACUAUAAAUAAAAGAUCUUGUACCAAAGGUCACUCCACACUAUAAAACGUUCCACUUCUGCCAUACAACGCUAUAUUUUUCAGAAAAGAAAAUAAUAGCAGGCACAGCAAUUCUGCAUAUCUACAUCCAUGAAUCCGAGGUAGAUGGAUGAAGCCAAAAGUGAUUUGAGCAUCACCAUAGCAAUAGGCUAAUUAAUAGAUGACUAAAUAAAGUCAUAUCCCUUAGAACUGAAUGGAGCUCUUGUGCCCAGCAAAACAAAACAAAAACACUAUCUCGUGAUUUUGAUGACUUGAACGCCUUUGGUCACAAGGAGUUAUGAUGCAAUAAUUCCUUUUGAUAUUAAUCUUUAUUCCUACUCCUGAAGGUAAAAAAUGAAUUGAAAUCUAGGAGAGCAUUAUUGUAUAUAAAACACCAAGGUAACAGCAUCAGGAUACAGCAGUACAGUUCCUUUCAAAUACAGGUGUAGAAAAGAAAUGCAGCCUGCAAUAAAACAAAUUGUAAAAGUA